AUGACGGAGGCUGCGGCCGAGCCCGCGGCAGCCUCGACGGAAAAGCCGACCGAGGACGCCGACGCGUACAAGUACGACAAGCCCGACAAGCCCCUCCAAGACAAGCCUGCCGAGGCAGAAACAGAAGCACCUGCGGCUGCAGCAGCGACAGAGAAGCCCGCCGACGAUGACUCUUACAAGUAUGAUGCUCCGAUGAACCCCCUAGACGAUAAGCCGUCAACGGAGGCGGCCGACGACGACGCUUACAAGUACGACGCGCCGGCCAACCCUCUGGACGACAAGCCCACCGAAGCCGCCCCGGCCGCCACGGAGGCACCCGCGGCAGAGGACAAGUUCGCCGAUGACGACUCGUACAAGUACGAAAAACCUGAGAACGCUCUGGAAGACAAGCCCACGGAGGCUGCACCCGAAGCCACAGAGGCGCCUGCUGGAGAUAAGCCGGCCGACGACGGUUCGUACAAGUAUGACACUCCAGAAAAACCUUUGGAGGAGGCCCCUACAUCCGUUGCCCCAGAGGCCGCGCAAGAGGCCUCAACCCCAGCUCCAGAAGCAGCACCUGAGGCCGAGGGAUACAUCUACCCGGCGCCGACGGAGAGCCCCGGCGCUGCGGAGGCAAAGGCUGACCCGGACAUGAAGUACUUGCCGCCCGCGUCCGACAAGAUGGAUGACGCUAAGGCCCCAGAUAUGGCGUCGCCCCAACAGAAUGAGGACGGUUCCUACAACUACGACAAACCCUCAAAGACUUUAGAGAGCGGAUCAAAGUCUGAAAUGCCGGAUAUGAAGUAUUUGCCGCCGGCAGAUAAAAAGGAUGCAGAACCGGAUAUGCCGGCCGAUAUGAAGACCCCGGAUAUGGCCGCGCCCCAACAGAACGAGGACGUGUUGUUUUCAUUUUUGAUCCCUUUUGAGAGUUUUGAAGAAACAACAUACGACAACAAAGUGGUUGUCCAAAAUUCGUCCGUGUUGGAUUCUGAUAAACGGCUAGGUUAUGUCACCAAAAAUUAUUUGAUUUGA